AGCGUAGGUUGGAAACCAGGAUGAGGAAAAAAGAACGGGAAAGACCUCCCCACCCUUCUGGUAAGGAGGUCCCGUGAUCAGCUCCAGCCUCUAACAGUUCCAGCCAUCCCAGGAACUCACAUAAAGGGACAAUUGAAGCCAGAGAGGUCACAGUGCUGACUAGGCUCGGAGCACCGAGCACUCCAGACAUCAUGAGUUGGUCCCUGCACCCCCGGAGUUUCAUUCUCUACUUCCAUGCUCUUUCGUUGUUCUCUUCAACAUGCCUGGCUUACGUUGCUACCAAAGACAACUGUUGCAUCUUAGAUGAAAGAUUCGGUAGCUAUUGCCCAACUACCUGCGGCAUUGCAGAUUUCUUGUCUACUUACCAAAACAAAGUAGACAGGGAUUUACAGGCUUUGGAAGACAUCUUAAAUCAAGUAGAAAACAAAACAUCAGAAGCCAAAGAACUGGUCAAAGCAAUCCAAGUCAGCUACAAUCCUGAUGAACCAUCAAAACCAAAUGUGAUAGAGAAAGCCACUGUGAAUUCCAAGAAAAUGGUAGAAGAAAUCAUGAAAUAUGAAGCAUUGAUUUUAACACAUGAAGCAAGUAUUCGAUUUUUGCAGGAAAUAUAUAAUUCAAAUAAUCAAAAGAUCAUUAACCUGAAGCAGAAGGUAGCCCAGCUUGAAGCAAAGUGCCAAGAACCUUGCAAAGACACGGUACAAAUACAAGAGACAACUGGGAAAGAUUGUCAAGACAUCGCCAAUAAGGGAGCCAAACAGAGUGGGCUUUACUUUAUCAAACCUCUGAAAGCUAAGCAGCAGUUCUUAGUCUACUGUGAAAUUGAUGGAAAUGGAAAUGGAUGGACUGUGCUUCAGAAGAGACUUGAUGGCAGUCUGGAUUUCAAGAAAAACUGGAUUCAAUAUAAAGAAGGGUUUGGACAUCUGUCUCCUACUGGCACCACAGAGUUUUGGUUGGGAAAUGAGAAGAUUCAUCUGAUAAGCACACAGUCUGCAAUCCCAUAUGCAUUACGAGUACAGCUGGAAGACUGGAAUGGCAGAACCAGUACUGCAGACUAUGCCAUGUUCAAGGUGGGACCCGAGGCUGACAAGUACCGUCUGACAUAUGCAUACUUCAUUGGUGGAGACGCUGGAGAUGCCUUUGAUGGCUAUGACUUUGGCGAUGAUCCCAGUGACAAGUUUUUCACAUCCCACAAUGGCAUGCAGUUCAGUACCUGGGACAAUGACAAUGAUAAGUUUGAAGGCAACUGUGCCGAACAGGAUGGAUCUGGUUGGUGGAUGAACAAGUGUCAUGCUGGCCACCUCAACGGAAUUUAUUACCAAGGUGGCACUUACUCAAAAGCAUCUACUCCUAAUGGAUAUGAUAAUGGCAUUAUUUGGGCCACUUGGAAAUCUCGGUGGUAUUCCAUGAAGAAAACCACGAUGAAGAUAAUCCCAUUCAACAGACUCGCCAUUGGAGAAGGACAACAACACCACCUGGGGGGAGCCAAACAGGUUGGACCAGAACACCAUGUUGACCUAGAAUAUGACUAGACCAUUUCACCCUGGAAAUAAUUGGUAGAAAAUUAACUGAUAAAUUCUGUUGACCCACAUAUUUUCAGAAAUACUUUUAAAAGUUUAUUCCUAGUUUUUCUGACUAUAUUUAUUGAUUUUAAUUCUUCUAUUAAGGGUAUUUUGUCUUAAAUAUAAAUUAAAACUCAUUUGGACUGUAUUUCCAAAUUAUUGAAACCAGAGCUAUUUAAAACUUGUGUAUUUAAGGAGAUAACAUUUUGGCUUAUUUCCUAAAUAUAUAAUAAUAAAACUAUUGUCCUUUUUUGCA